CGAUCUAUAUUACUGACACACACGAAACAGAAAAGCAUUAACGAAUCAGAAAUGGAUAACAAACUUUAUAUGACGAUUUUAUUACUUUCGUGUCUUCAAGUCGCCGAAUUCGCGGUUUCAACGAUUCAAAAGGACAUCUACAACAACAUUAUCGCUGGUUACACAAAAGAAGUGCGGCCCGUGUCCACGGGCAGUAUCCCGAUGAACAUAGAAAUAAGUGGAUAUUUAAUGGCGAUCAACGACUUUGACGAGGUCUCGGGAACUCUCGAGAUCGUCAUUGUGGUAGGGAUGAAGUGGACCGAUGAGGCGUUAGUAUGGGACCUCGCGACCUAUAAUUAUACAGGAUAUAUCACUAUCCCGCAGUCUAAAAUUUGGGUGCCGGAGAUAUUUGACCUUAAAGCUGCAGAUACGUUUGAGGCGAUCGGCGGAGGGAAUUUCAAAGUGUUGGUGGUAUAUAGUGGAGAAGUGCAAAUGAUGCCUGGUGGAAUAAUGAAAAUUAAGUGCACGCCUGACGUAGCGAAAUUUCCGUUUGACGUUCAAAACUGUUAUUUGGAGAUAACACCUUGGAUGUACAUAGCAACCGAUAUAAUGCUUUCCGCAGGGGCUUCAGAACUCGACAUGACUUACUACGAAGCAAAUGGCGAAUGGACAGUGCUUGAAACGGGACUGAGAUCUCAACCGAAGGGAGUAUAUUCAACCCUAAUCAUCAGCUUCAAGAUGAAGAGGAUUCCACUUUACCAUAUAGUGAAUACGCUAAUUCCUAUAUAUUUCCUCGGCUUCCUCAACCCUCUCGUUUUUAUCCUGCCCUGUGACUGCGGAGAGAGAUCGGGAUUUACUUUGACUAUGCUACUUUCUUACACCGUUUUUAUGAUGAUCAUCAACGCUGCCUUGCCCCAGACGUCCAGCCCGAUGGCCGUUCUCUCAUUUGUGACAUUCGGGGCGCUUGUAUUUAGCGGUCUUAUCACCAUUCUCAAUUGCUUUCAGUUGCGAAUGUUUCACAGAGACGAAAAUGUUCCCGUACCAAACUGGCUUGUGAAAUUGAUCGCGUGUUUAACCUGUUACGGAAGAGCAAAAGUCAAACCGGAUGUUGUUAUGAAUGGGGAGAACGAUGAGAAUUCUGGUCCGAUAGGAAUCAAAGAUGGUGGUACGGUCACGUGGCAAAGAGUAGUUGAGGUAAUGGAUAUGUUUUAUUUAAGUUCUAUAUACAUAACUGGCGUCAUUGGUACUGUAGUCAUAACUGUUUACCUUACCUCCAUGUAGGACCAUACUUAUGAGAGCAACCUUGGCCAAAAUUGUUAAACCUAUGUUACGCCCAAAAGGAGAAAGGGUAUAGAAAUUCAAACCGAUGGGUUUUUUAAUUGGGUAAAACCCAAGGCUUGCUCAGUCUGUGUUCACAAUAUCACAUCAGUGUACUUGUCAUUUGUUAAGGAGAGCGAGCCGGUUGUGGUUCUCUCAGUCUAACAGUGUACUUGUCAUUUGUUAAGGAGAGCGAGCCGGUUGUGGUUCUCUCAGUCUAACAGUGUACUUUUACCCAUAAGAGUCCUGAAUUCUUCAUUAUGCAGUACAUAUUUGAAUGUGUAUGGCUUUGUUUCAAACAGUUUUAUUUGUUAUUCAUUGAGACUGGUCAUCAGGUUCAAUACAUAACAAUGAGUUAUGCAUGAAUGACCCAUCCGGAGACGGGUAAGGACAUCCUCAUCUCGGCGCCUUCCUCUGCAACUAUAGGACACCGGUCACCGACUACUGGUUUGAUUGAGUGUAAUCUGUUGUCUACGCGUUGGCUCCACACGUGAACAUGAUGUCUAUAUAUGUAACUAACAGUGUGCCAAAAUAAUUGAGAUUUGUUUAAUUAAGAAAUACACGCUACCUUAUACGUGUAGAUUAUACACACAAUUUACGUUAGAGUUAGCGCUCUUUGAAUUACUUUAAUGGUAUAUAUAUAUAUGUGUGUGUAUCUGUCAAAUGAGUCAUACAGUCAUACUCUUAAAGUCAAAGUACAAUUUAACGUUAAUACAAAUGUUGCUUUUGUAGAACUCUAUGGAAAGAGGUGCAUACAUUAAGAUGUAGCAUACACCCUUAAUCAUCAGAUUUUUAGAGUUAGUAUGUAUUGAC